GCCAUGCGCCCCCACGGCCCCGCCGCCGCCUCCCCGCAGCGGCUCCUCGGCCUCCUGCUGCUGUUGCUGCUGCAGCUGCGGACGCCGUCGAACGCCUCCGAGACCCCCAAGGGGAAGCAAAAGGCGCUGCUCCGGCAGAGGGAGGUGGUGGACCUGUAUAAUGGGAUGUGCUUACAAGGACCUGCAGGGGUGCCUGGGCGAGACGGAAGCCCGGGGGCCAAUGGCAUUCCUGGCACCCCUGGGAUCCCAGGUCGGGAUGGAUUCAAAGGCGAGAAGGGCGAAUGCCUGAGGGAAACCUUUGAGGAGUCCUGGACACCUAACUACAAGCAGUGCUCCUGGAGUUCGCUGAAUUACGGUAUCGAUCUUGGGAAAAUUGCGGAGUGUACAUUUACAAAGAUGCGCUCCAACAGUGCUUUACGAGUUUUGUUCAGCGGCUCACUCCGGCUAAAGUGCAGAAGUGCGUGCUGUCAGCGUUGGUAUUUCACGUUCAACGGAGCUGAAUGUUCAGGACCUCUUCCCAUUGAAGCCAUAAUUUAUUUGGACCAAGGAAGCCCUGAACUCAAUUCAACAAUUAAUAUUCAUCGCACUUCUUCUGUGGAAGGGCUUUGUGAAGGAAUCGGUGCCGGACUAGUGGACGUCGCGAUCUGGGUUGGGACUUGUUCGGAUUACCCGAAAGGAGAUGCUUCUACUGGCUGGAACUCAGUGUCUCGCAUUAUUAUUGAAGAACUGCCCAAAUAGAUUCUUUGAUUUUCAUUCCCUACCUCUUUUUUUAUUAAACCUUGGAGUGGUUCCUUUUAGUGGCAUUUUAUAGAAGUCUUAUGUAUGCAUUUGAAAAAAAAAAACAAAGCUAAAUGUGUUUACAGUGUGAUUUUUACACUGUGAAAAUCAGUAUUAUUCAUUUUCCUUCCAUCAGAAAUGGUUUCAGGAUUUUGUAGUUGAUUAGAAUACUUUCUUCAUAUUCCCCAUUUCCUGUUAUUUGGAAUGUCAUUGCAUUCUUGAACUUUUCCUAUUCUCUUAGGAUAGCACUUUUUAAAACAUAAGGCUGCCUGUUUUUGUAUAAGUUAUAAAUGUUCAGAACUGUUUUAUAUCUGUGAAAUAAAACUUAUUUCAAACAACUUUAA